AUGGCGCCGUCCAUCGGGUGCCUUUUCGUAUUAACCACGUUUGUAGUCAGUUCUGCACAUGCAAAUGAUCCUGGAUUUCUUGAUAGCUUCAAAAAUAUUUUGUUCGGUGGAGCUGCGCAGGAUUCACAGAAAAUAAAUGUGACGCAAAAUCAUGCUCCAAUGGGAUUCCAUCAAUAUAAUACAGGUUAGUAGUUGGGAUGGGGGGAAGAAAAAUAUUGAUGUUAAUCAUCGAAUUUGUCGGUGUCCAAAUUAUCUGAAAUUUGGUCCCAGGAGAAUUGAAAUAUUUUUUUAAUGUCAAAAGUGAAAGUUACAAUUUUAGAUUUUUACCCCAGAAUCUGAGGUUUUAACAUUUAUAGUGAUCUAUAGAAAUUCUGAUUUCAAGAAAAAUCAACAGCACCCAAGUUUUAAGCUUGAGAGAAAUUUUUACAAUUAAUGUUGGCUACCGAAAUUAAAUUUAGAAUGAGAAAAACUUGAAUUUCAAACCAUAACUUCAAAAAUAGGUUGGAAUUUUUUAUAACUUCAGCUUUCAACUUUUCACAUUUUUCCCGAUUUUCUAUAUUUUGGGCAUGAAAAAAAUUAAUGUAGGUGUUUGAAAUUAGAAAACUUGCCAAAUCAGCUCUGCAUAAAAAAUCUCUGAUUUUUCAGUUGCCACAACCAAUAACCGAAACACUCAACCAUCUGGUCAAUCAUGCACUUUGCCACGUCAAAUCGGCACAGGACCAUACCGUAUUCCACGUUGGUAUUAUAAUCCAGUUCGUGGACGUUGUGAACUCUUCUAUUGGUCAGGAUGUUGUGGAAAUGGAAAUAAUUUCCAAACUUUCCAGGCUUGUCAAGGAACUUGUGAAGGUUAGUUUUUUAUUUUUAUUUUUGUGAAACGAUGUUGAAGAGGACUACAAGAUAAAAUAAACUUCAAAAGUAUUUUUCUUGAAUCAAAAUUUUCUCCGGUUGUAGUAAAUGGAAAUGGAAUUCAACAACAAGCUCAACAAUAUCAGCCAAAUACAAUAAAUACCCAAAUAGAUAUAGUAUUCCAACCAAAUCCCUCUUCAAAUUCCGACUCAAUUUGUCCAUGUUGCCUAAAACCCGCUUCAUCGGGUUACGGUAGCGGACAAGAGGUACGGUAUUUUUUCGACAUCACAACUCGAAAAUGUCAACAAUUCAUCUAUAAAGGUGUUGGCGGGUAUGGCAAUAAUUUUGAGUCGGAAGAUAAAUGCAAUAAUUUGUGCGGAGCUCAGACUACUGUAGCUCCGCCAACACUUUUGCCAAUCGUUGUACAACAACAAACAGGUUCAUUUUUGAAAGCAAAACAAAAAAUGAAAUGCUUUUUUGAGUGUGUGUCGCAUUUUUGCUGUGCUUAUGCUUAUUUUUGAGUUUUAGAUUUAUGAAAAAAAUACGUUUGGAAUUUAUUACUGGGCCAGAAUUUUAAUAUUUCCUAAUUUUUCGAAAAAAAAAACCUCUUUAAAAAAUCCCUUUAUGAAAAUUCCAAAAAUCUUCCGAACCGCUUCGAAAAAUUCCAAACUUUGCCACGUUUGCCACCCGAUAAAAUCCCAAUUAUUUCAAGUCCAAACCAAAUCCAAAAAACAAUCAGCUUUUCUGAUUCCACGUGUGUGUGCUUUUUAUUCUCCAUCCCCAUUCCCCAUUCAAGCUUUUCCCCCAUGUGUUUUUUUUUGCUAAUCGUGUGUUUCAGUCGAUCCAUGUUCACAAGAAAAAGAGCCAGGAGUCGGUGCUCUUCAACUCAACAAAUAUUUUUUCAACAAAGAAACUCGGAUUUGCGAACAAUUUGUGUAUUUUGGUAGCGGCGGAAAUCGCAAUAAUUUCCAAAUUUUGGAAGAAUGCCAAGCGCAAUGUCCAGGUUUGAAGUGAAAUUCCAAUUUUUCAAAUCUCUAACUUGUCCUUUUUUGAAGUGAUAACUAACCGGUCUAAUUAAAAAUUCAAAAAAAAAAUCAAAAACCAUAUGAACCCAACCCAAAAAAAUCCAGGUGGAGGUAUUCACAAAUUAUCAUCACGCAGCAUGCGCGCUUCGGGAACCCAAGGAGUUAUCAGAACUCCAAAAUUGUAUUCUAAAAUAAAUAAACUGUUUUAUAGAGACCCCAAAUCCAUGCGCUGUAAGCGGAGCAUCGUUGACACCUUGCCAAGCUGGACAAGGUUGUGGAACUGGAAGCUAUUGUCAUGUUGGAGCACAAAGUCAAACCACAGUUUGUUGUCCAAAACCAGCUGCUGUUGAUAGAUGUCAACAACCAUUGAAUGUUGGAAUCGGAAAUUCGAAUUUGCCAAGGUGGGUGGAUUUCAGAAUUUUGGAAAUGAAAAAAAAAUUUGCUGUCCUAAUUUUUUUGAAACUCAAAUUAGUCGACCUGACAAUCAUAAUAAACAUCGACGUCAUAAAUAGUUCAAACACGAUUCCAUUUUUUUAGAUGGUAUUUCAAUCCACUCACUCAACAAUGUCAACAAUGCACUUAUCGCGGACUUCAAGGAAACGAGAACAAUUUCCUCUCUCAAAACGAUUGUGAAAACUCGUGUCUAACCAAUCCAUGCAAAAUCGGAACACCAUACCGUAGUCAAGGAAUCACUGUGCAAUGCUCAGCUUCAUCUCCAACAGUUUGCCCAGCUGGACAUUAUUGUCAUAUCGGCGCCGAUUCAACAACUUCUGUCUGCUGCCAAGCUCUUGGUAUGAAGUUUGAAAACAAAAAAAAACUAGUAGAAUUAUGUAUAUUUCUGGGAAAUCUGGUAACCCUAUGGAUAUUUCUUAACAUGUGUUACCCUAACUAACGUGUGCUCGAUGAUCAUUUUCAGAUUUUUGGUUAUUAUUUUUCUCUGUUGGUGGUGGUGGGAAUAUUGGUUUUUGAGUUUGGUGAUCAGAUUGUUCAUGAUAUAAAAAAUAUGGUGGGUUAUGUGAAAAACUGUGCUGUGCUUUCGUGUGGCUUUUUUUGUGAAAGAGUGGAGUUUUUUUUGGUUUUUGAUCCGGUUUUUGAAAAUCUAACUGUCUUGCUAACUAAUAGUUUUAACACAGCCGAAGAAUUGGGCCAAUUGAACUUUUUUCGAAUAAAUAGGUUCAUUUUUAUAGUGCCCAGUUCACACUUACUAAAUUUCUUUGGUAAAAAUUUUAUCAACUCGCAUGUUUUUUGACUAACCCAAAACAUUUUGAGUGUCCUGCUGUUUUUUUGCUGUUCCCCCAAACUUAAUUCCUCCAAAAACUUCAAUAAUUCCAGGAAAUUCUCCGUGCGAGGAAGAAAUGACACAAGGCGAAGGCAACGCUGCAUUGACUCGUUUCUUCUAUGAUCCAAUUCAACGACGAUGUUUGGCAUUCAAUUAUUUGGGUCUCAAAGGAAAUCGCAACAAUUUCAUGUCAAAAGAACAUUGCGAAGCGACUUGUCCAGUUUGGCUAAAUCCAUGUGCAGUUGGAAUGCCAAUUCUUACAAUGAAUAGUCAAUUACCAUUCCAUUGUCAUCAAAAUGCACCAUGUGCAAGUGGAUAUUUCUGUCAUCUUGGUUUCGAUGAUUCAACAACUGUUUGCUGUCAAUCACAAGGUGAUCCAUGUUCAUUGGUUGUUAAAGAAGGAAAUGGUAAUUAUGUAAUGUCUCGAUGGUUCUACAAUUCAAAAACUCGUCAAUGUCAACCUUUCACUUAUACCGGAAUGGGAGGAAAUGAAAAUAAUUUCUUGUUGCGCGAACAUUGUGAGGCCACGUGUCCUGUUUGGAUCAAUGCCUGUCCCAUUGGUGAACCAUACCUUCUUCCAAAUCAUAAACCACAACCAUGUUCAAUAACUUCAUCUUCAUCUUGUCCACUUACUCAUUGGUGUCACCCAGGAGUUGAUGCAACUACCACAAUGUGUUGUCCUGGAAGAACAGAUCCAUGUGGAUUGGCACUUUCACAAGGAGAAGGGCCACUUUCUGUUAGUCGAUGGUAUUUCAAUGCGAGAACUCGAACAUGUGAUGAAUUUAUGUUCAGAGGAUUGAAGGGAAAUGCAAAUAAUUUUGGAAAUCAAAUCGAUUGCGAAAAGGCUUGUCCAGUUCAACAAGAUCCUUGUCCUUUAACAUCGAAGAUGUCAAGUUUGAAACAUUCAGCAAAACUGGUUCCAUGUUCAACAACAAAACAAUGCGGCGCUCAGCAGUGGUGUCAUUACGGAGAAACCAAAGAAACUACUGUAUGCUGUCCAAAUGGUUAGUUUAAUUUAAAAACUUAUUAUCUAUGAGAAAUCAUUCCUUAUUUUUCAGCUGUUGAUGAUCCAUGUACCGCUCCGCCACGUAAUCCAGGAACUGGAGAAUUCCACGCAACUCGUUGGGCUUUUGAUUCAAACAGCAGAAAAUGUGUGCCUUUUGAAUAUCGAGGAAUGAAGGGAAAUGCCAAUAAUUUCUUGAAUCGUGAAGCUUGUGAAAAGAAAUGUCCAGUCUUCCAAAACCCGUGUAAAAUCGGCGAGCCACACAUCGGAACUGAUCACAAAUAUAUGCAAUGUAGCCCACAACAAGUUUGUCCAGCCGGACAUUAUUGUCAUAUUGGAAGCGAAGCCAAUUAUUGUUGCAAAGCAUUGGGUAGAAAUUGUUAUACUAACACUUUUUGUGCACUAACUUUGAAAUAUCAGAUUUCCAAAAUUAGAGGAACUUUUUGAAUAUUUGAUAAUUAUUUAGGAGGAGAUCCAUGUGGUCAACCAAUGGAUCGUGGAACCGGAGGAGCUGCUUUGUCUAGAUGGUAUUGGAAUCAACAAUCGCAAUGUUGUCUUCCAUUCAAGUAAGUCAAAAGGCUCUCUAAUCAAAAGGCUCUUAAAAAUUCAUUUUUCUAGCUAUUGCGGAUUGAAGGGAACUCAAAACAACUUCUUGAGCAAACAAGAUUGCGAUCGCACUUGCUAUGGUGAGUUGAUUUCAGAAAACCCGAAAAAAUCCCCUACCCUGAAACAUUUUUGAAACCUCCCAGUGAAUGGUAUUUCAACACCCCUGAACGGUGUUUUUUUCAUCACAUGACCCGAUCUCCCUCCCCCAUUCAAGUAAAUGAAACCUUUGUGCAAACUUUCUCGCUUCCCAUUUAGAACUCGACAAUCCUUGCGCUCUCGGUGACCCACAAAUGGGUCAAAACAAUCGGCCACUUCAAUGCUCGACAUCUUCCAACACAUGUAGUUCAUCAUUCUGGUGUCAUCAUGGUGCCAAUGCUGACACCACAGUUUGUUGUCCAGGAAAAGGUAUAUUCCCUCCCCGCUUUCCCCAAUUUUUGCAUUUUCCAAUUCUCUUUUAGUGCCCACACAAGAAGUUUGCCAACAACCAAUGGUGACUGGAACAGGCGGUGCAACAUUGCCACGUUGGUGGUAUGACGCGUCGACUGCACAAUGUGUGCAAUUCAAUUAUGAAGGAAGAAUGGGAAAUGAGAAUAACUUUUUGAGUCAGAGUGAUUGUGAACAAUCUUGUCCAGGUACUAAACAGACUGUGUGUGUGUGAGAUGAGAACGAUCAGACUGAUUAAUAUAUAUUUUAAUUAAUUAUCCCCUUGUGCUUUCAAUACCCAACCCCCAAAAAAUUGCAGUUUACGUAAAUGUCUGUCCAACCGGUUCCCCUCUCCUCGACACAUCUUCAAAUAAGCCAAUCCCGUGUACAUUCGGCUCAAACUCUUGCGGUUCCGAUCAUUGGUGUCAUCUUGGACUCGUUCCUGAUGAAUAUCAAUGUUGUCCUGGUCAACCAACAAAUCCAGGCGCUUGCCAAGGUGAAGACUACAGUGUUGGUGAAACUGGAGCAGCUGCACCAGCUGCGGUUAGAUGGUAUUAUGAUAAGUCGGAAAUGCAAUGCAAACAAUUCACUUACAAUGGAAGAAAAGGAAAUCAGAACAACUUUUUGACGCAAGCAGAUUGUGAAGCAACUUGCGAUGGUUUGUGCUUAAUUUCUAACAUUUUCUUACUAAUCACAACUUCUACAAACUCUAUCAAUCUUUCUCUUCUGAUUAGGAAAUUUAUCUCAAAACAAUGCAAAUUUCAGUGUUCACCAACCCAUGUAAUCAACCAAUCACUCUGCCAGCCACUCAAUGCUCAUCAACUGGAACAUCAGAUACUUGCGGAGCUAAUCAAUGGUGUCAUAUUGGAGCAACUCAAGAUUCCACUGUUUGCUGUCCUUCUGAAGGUGAUCCAUGUUCACUUCCACUUUCUCGCGGAUCCGGAAAUCAAUUCAUGGAUCGAUGGUAUUAUAAUCAACAAACAGCCAGUUGUCAACAAUUCACUUAUUCGGGACUUCACGGAAAUCAAAACAAUUUCUUAUCACAACAAUCAUGCGAAGAGAAAUGCGGACCAAAUCCAUGUUUCGAAGGUCGACCAUUUGUUGGAGCCGACGGAAGAACUCAAACCUGUUCAGCUUCGGCAAACUUCAACACAUGUCCUUUGAAUCACUGGUGUCAUAUUGGAAAUGAUUUAUCAACAACUGUAUGCUGUCCAGGUGCUUCGACAAAUGUUUGUAAUCUUCCAAUGUCAACUGGAGAAGGAAAUGCUAAUUUGGAAAGAUAUUAUUAUGAUUCAAAUGCAAAAACUUGCCGACCAUUCACUUAUAACGGAUUGAAGGGAAAUCAAAAUAACUUCAUCUCACUUGUAAGUUAAAGAAAUCUAGAUCUAAACCCUUACUCAAUCAACAAAAUUAAUAUUUCAGCGUGCUUGCCAACUUUCAUGUCAACCAUUGGAUAAUCCAUGUAUCGGUCAACCAGCUACCACAGCCGCCGGACAAGUUCUCUUCUGUUCAAUCACCAACAAAGAUUCUUGCCCUGUCAAUUUCUGGUGUCACAUCGGAGCCACCCCAGAAACAACAGUCUGCUGCCCGGGAGCAACCAAUCCAUGCUCCGUUCCAUUGGCACCAGGGACCGGAAAUUCGGGACUCGCCAGAUAUUAUUAUAAUCCAGAUGAUCGACAAUGCUUACCGUUCCAAUACAACGGAAAACGUGGAAAUCAAAACAAUUUCGAAUCUCAAUCCGAAUGUGAACGAACGUGUCCAGGUAUUUUUGUAACACACCUCGUCAAAAAAAACGAUGGUUAACUUUUCUACGGUACUUCGAUCGGCUCUGGGUAUUGCAUGUUCUAAAUUACUAACAUUUUUCCAAAAUUUGUGUUUUUUCUAACCCAUUGAUUAUUCUUGAAGUGUUCACAAAUCCAUGUCUCGGCGAACCAAUUUUGAGUUCUGAUUUAUCCCCCAAAAAAUGUCGACCCCUUUCGAAGAACCCAUGUGGUUCCACAUCGGAAUUUUGUCACACUGGCGAUCCAUCGGAUCCCAAUUCAAGUUAUUGCUGUCCAAGAAUCAAUCGUAAGUUUUUUUCGUAUCUGAACCUCAGCGGAGAAAAAUCGAAGAAUUUUAUAGAAGAUCCUUGCGAAGCUUUUGUUCGGUUAGGAGAAGGAAAUCUGAAUCUGACGAGAUUCUAUUAUAAUCCAGUUGAAGGAGAGUGUUUUUCGUUUGAAUAUCGAGGAUUAAAAGGAAAUGAGAACAACUUCCUGACUUUGAAGAAUUGCCAAGAAACUUGUAAACCAUGUAAGUUUGAUUUUGUGACAAGUGUUUUGAAGCGACCUUUAGGACUUUCAACACUGUUUCUUUCCUCGAAACAAUUUGAUGAGUUCAAAACCAUAUUUCAGUGACGAACGUAUGUUUUGGUGGUCAACAACCUUUGAUUGUAAAUGGUCGAAUUGCUCAAUGUCACAAUUCCGCGUGUCCUCCAACCCAUUAUUGUCACCGCGGUUCCGAUAUUCGAUCAACAGUUUGUUGCGCCAAAAUGGGAAUAACUUGUGAUCAACAAUUGAUGUUAGGAGUAGGAGAUUCGAAUCUUCAAAGAUAUUUCUAUGAUACAAUUGAUGAUAAAUGCACACGCUUCAAUUACACCGGAAUCGGGGGAAAUGAGAAUAAUUUUGUGACAAAAGCCGAGUGUGAAAUUGCUUGUCCAGGAUAUCGUGAUUAUUGUCCACAUGGCAAACCGGAUGUUGUUGAACAUCGAUUAACAACUUGUGGAAUUGACACGGGAUGUCCAAGAGAACAUGUUUGUCAUGUUAGUAAACGAGGAUCGAAAAGUGUUUGCUGCCCAGAUCCAGCUACUUUUUGCUUGUUGCGAGCUGAUCCGGGACCAUGUAAUGAUCGAACUGUGAAAAGAUAUGCAUAUGAUAAAACUACUGGAUCUUGCAGAAUGUUUAUGUGAGUAUAAUAAAGUUUAGACUCGAAAUGAUCCAAAUUUUCUCAGCCUUUUCAAUUCCCUAAUUAAAUUUCAUUGCAAAUUUCCAGGUUCGGCGGCUGUCAAGGAAAUCUCAACAACUUCGAAUCCAUCGAAAAAUGCACCGAAAUUUGCUGUGAAAAGGGAUACAACUAACCCCCGCACAAAAUCGCUUUUCCUUUGUUGUUUUUUGUGUAGUGCUUAUUAAUCUCACUUGUAAAAAUACACUUUUCUGGGUACAAAGAAUCAGGUAAGCUUUGAGUUGCAUCCAAGAUUCGAUUCGCAACAUUUCUUCACUAUCGCUUAGUCUUGGGAAACAAAUAAUGGUGGUGGAAAAACAAGAAGCAUGUGAUAUUUACUAAUUAACCUAACUCAAAAUAAUGAUAAGUUUUAUAUAACAGAGCCGAUCGAUUGUGUCUUGUGAUAAGUUCCUCCUUUUCUUGAACUUCUAUCGAAACUAAAUUUUAUCGCUGAAUUUUUUCUAGAACAAUUAUGUUUGUUGUCAAUCGAUCGCGGUGCGUGUGGUGGACGACAAACUAGAUAUGCUUAUAAUCGACAAACUGUAAGUUACAUUCUCAAAAUUCCUAUUUAUUACGUUCUGAAAUUGUUCUCUGGAAAUAUAUUUUUAAAAUUCCAGAGUCAAUGUGUUGCAUUCGAAUACACAGGUUGUGGUGGAAAUUUGAACAAUUUCGUUUCAAUGGCCGAUUGUAUGUCGACUUGCGGUAAUGUUGGCUUCCGAUAA